GCUUUCUGGAUCCUCAGCUUGAAGAGGCGCCACCGGAGCCCGCAAUUGCCCGGGGUUUGUGCCAGCCGUUCAGGCCACCUCGGCCCUCCUCGGCGCUGCCCGGCCCCGGCUGCAGGCGCCGGCCUCCGACUCCGCGGAGAUCAUGAAUCAGGCAGAUAAAAAUCAACAAGAAAUUCCACCAUACCUUAGUGAUGAACCACCAGAAGGUUCAAUGAAAGAUCACCCACAGCAGCAGCCAGGCAUGUUGUCCCGUGUGACUGGGGGUAUCUUCAGUGUUACAAAGGGAGCUGUCGGUGCCACCAUUGGUGGUGUGGCUUGGAUUGGUGGAAAGAGUCUGGAAGUGACCAAAACAGCUGUUACAACUGUGCCUUCCAUGGGAAUCGGGCUGGUGAAAGGGGGCGUGUCUGCUGUGGCCGGAGGUGUUACAGCUGUUGGGUCUGCUGUGGUAAACAAAGUGCCCUUAACAGGAAAGAAGAAAGACAAAUCUGACUAGAAUACGGAGAUACACGUGCUCUCCCAGCAUUAUGAUGCCAGUGGCAUUGAAUUGCUAAAUUAUGGACUACAACCAAGUCACCUGUUAUGAACGUUUAUCUUCUAAACUGCUGUGUUGAAAGUAUUGAUGACUGGCCUUCAUGAAAUAGAAGAGACCAAUACUAGCACAGUGUAUGAAGGUUUCUCAUACUUAGAUUCCAGCUUUUUAUCUGGUAAAAUGUUAUACUCGUUCAGUUGUAACUGAAGAUAUGGUAUAUUUGAAUAUUUACUAUAAGUCCUUCAGUUUAACUAAAAAUGUGAAAGUUGAAGUUAGUGGGUGAUCUUUACAGUUCCAUAUGUAUAAUGUGCCAGGUAACUCAUCUGCCCCUUAAGAAGGGAACCUUGAACUAUAUAAACUGUACCUUUGAUGUGCCUGAUAGUUUCAGAUGUCUUAGUUUUUUUUUAUAACCAUAUUUGAUUAGGCCAAGAAGCAUUCUUUUCUUAUUUAAGCUGUUAAAAGUAGCAGGAAUUAGAGAAAUUUAAAAGAUAAAUGGUUUUAUGAUACUGAGUGUUAACCAUCUGUUGUUAGAUAUGCAUUAUAUUAAUUUAAUCAUUGAUGCCUUAGAAAACAUCUUUUCUAAUAUCCUAAAUAUGUGCAGUUCUUAGAAUUAUAUAUGGAUGGAUUCUUUUAAAAGUUGUUUGUGAAAUUAGUUUUCCCUCUUAAGAAUCUCAGGAGUAGUGGGGUCAAGGCAUUUAUUGCUCUCAGCAGAGAAGAUAGUGCUUGUUAACUUUUUAUUAACCGUCAGUUAUCACCAAAUUGUACACUUCAGUCUGGGUUCAUGCUCCAUAAUUGGUACACCUCACAGUGCCUAACAAACAUUUCUUUGCUAGUCAGAAGCUAUGGAAGAGUUUCAUAUUAAGGAGCAACAAAUAACUUUAAGGUCUUGAGAAUUACUUAAAGCAUCCAAGAUAUAAAAGGAAUUCUUCACAGCUGUUUAAUCUCUAGGAUGGCUUCAAUUGUUAGCAGUAUGCCUUUUUAAAAACACAGUAGGAGUAACCCCCACAAAUACAUGGGGAUUGACUUUUAAAUUAAAUGAAAUGGCUCCAUAGAUUAGCUUUAAUUGUAAAAUAUAUAUAAGUGCUUUCAGUGGUUUAUUGGCUUUUAAAAUAAUACUUGCAGUCCUUUAAAAGCAGCUGUAAACUUUGUACCAUUUCUGAAGUCAACUUAAGGUGGGCAGUUGAAGUUUUUGAUUAUGGAUCAUCAUGAGUGUGUCGUGUCUUAUUAACAUGUCUCAUCAUGUCUCAUUCAUUUUCAAAGAAUAAGACGUAGCUGGAAUUAAUCUUUUCGUUUUGUCUCAUCAGAUUUAAAAAGUGGUAUAUAUAUAUAUUUGGAUUCCUCUUAACAAAGGGUUAUAAUCCAAGCCUGAAAAAUCUUAUUUUCUUUAUACUUAGGUUUAGAAAUUUACCCCAUCCUGCACACUUUUUUUGUGUGUGUGAGGGAGGGGAGAAAAGGAGGUGAUAGGUCAAAAUAGCAUCCCUGAGAACUUCAGAUUAGUCCAACCCCCAAGGCUUAAAUGUUAGUUUGUAAACAACUAAGAGCUUUACAUUAAUGAUAUGGAUCAACAAAUGGAUAAGAACAUCAUUGUUAAAAGCUUUCAUAGAUACCAGCAGAGAUUUAAGCAGUUCUACAAAGGUUCUUGAACCUUUCUGCUGUAUACAAAACUGCAAAAUUUUUAAGGAGUUCAGUUUAUUGGAAAUUAAUGGAUAUUUAUUUCAAGCCGUAUGAUUUAAGGUAUAUUUGUUGACAUAGCUGGUCAAAUGCCAUUAGGAAAGGGGACUAAAAAAACAACUCCAGAGUUAAUAGAUGAACACUAAAUCAUCUAAAUAAUGGUAUUGGAGAACUUGUUUCCUGUAAUUUGAAAGAAGUAACUGCUUCAUUGCUAGUGUAUUUCUAUUUUACUUUUCUGUAGUCAUAGGCUCUGCUGUGCUUUGCACCUGAAACUGCUAACUAUAAACUUUAGCUUACUCUACGCUUAUAUAUUUAUUUUCAACUUAGUUGUCUAAAAUUACUUGAGGAAAAAUGGUGGCAAUUAAUUUCUGCUAUAGAAAAGCCAUCUGGUAUAUUUUUUCUUAUAUUUGUUUUCAACUCUAAACAUAACUUUGUUUAGGAGAGGCUUUUGCAAUGAUAGCAGAAAAACUAUACAAAGGAGCAGUUAUAGAGGGUCUGGUUGACAUGAACUUGCCAUUUGAUAUGUACAGCUGUACACUUGUAUCUUUUCCAGUUUAUUUUCGUAGAUUAGCAAUUUGACUUGUUAAACCUUAAAGUUCACGUCAAGAAACUAAGGUUGUUGUAUACAUCCGGAGGCAUCUGUUAUUCAGCUUAUCUUUUGAGUGGGUGUUUGGCACAAUGAGGAUAAACUUGUGUGACCCACUUGAAUUACUGGUUAAUAAUGUUGACAUUCAGAAUCCUGUACUUACUGAAAUGUCAGAUGAAAAUAACUGAUGAUUGAAUAAUUUUUUUGUAUUAAAGGAAUGGGAAAAGUACAUGAAUCUUAAUAAAGCACUAUGAUCUGCAAAAGAUGAAAUGUUUCAUAAAGAUCUAAGGAAAUAAAGGAAAUUACAGAA